AUGGAUGCCGACGUGAUCACAAUUGAGAACUCCCGUUCUGACGAGAAGCUCUUGUCAGUCUUCCGUGAGGGAGUGAAGUAUGGUGCUGGAAUUGGCCCCGGUGUGUACGACAUUCACUCUCCUAGAAUACCAUCAACCGAAGAGAUUGCAGACAGGAUCAACAAGAUGCUUGCAGUGCUCGAGACCAACAUCUUAUGGGUCAAUCCCGACUGUGGUCUCAAGACACGCAAGUACGCCGAGGUGAAUCCUGCUCUCAAGAACAUGGUGGCUGCUGCGAAGCUCCUCCGAACCCAGCUUGCCAGUGCCAAGUGA